AUGGGUGCUUAUCUGUCAAAACCCGAGACGGCAAAAGAAACGUCAUCAGACUCCAAUGAAUGGGUUUCCUACGGUUGUUCCUCCAUGCAGGGAUGGAGGCGUUUCCAGGAAGACGCACACAAUUGCAUCUUGGAGUUUGAUCCCAAAAGAACAGCCUCAUUCUUUGCAGUCUAUGAUGGUCACGGGGGUUCUGAAGUCGCCAGAUAUUGUUCCUUGCAUUUGCCUGAGUUCAUUCUCUCACAACCACGAUAUGCAAUCGAGGAUGGGCCAAUCAAUCCUGUCAGCAUCUUGAAGAAGGCAUUUAUUGACUUUGAUGUCUCGCUUACUCGAGCAAAGGUCAAGUCGGAGUUGAAGGAGAUAGCGAGUCCUGACGCUGAUACGGAUACUGUUGAACUCUCUCCUCACAACUCCGAUGCGGAGGAAGAUGGAACAACUGAAGAUGGAACGAAGAGGAGGAAAAGAAGAGCGAGAGAGGCUAAAAGUGGCGCUGGGGACGAUGACGACGUGGUGCCCCUACCUCUCACCGAGGAGGGUGUUGAAGAAAUUUCCGAAUUGCACGAGGAGGCGGCGCGACCGAUUGAGGCUGUACUGCGGAAGCAAUUUAGAGACGAAUUACCCGAUUUUAUUCAGGCAUUCCUGGCCAGUAUUUCUCCGAAACCGGGUGAUGCUGGUACCUCUGGUCCCUCCACGUCUGGCACAACCUCUGACGAGCUCGCCACUGGCAGUAGGGCCUCCACGGAAGAGGCGACUGCUUCUGGUAAUGAUAAAGAGGUUGACGAAGAGGCAAAGGUAAGUCCUAGUGCGACGACCUCUGAGGAGAAAUCCGCUCCCCCUAUUGGCGAGAAAGAAGUGGAGGAGGAGGGGAAGGAAAAUGACACGAAGAAGGCUGAGGAGGAGGAUUCCCUUAAUCUCUCUGGCAUCGUCGAUGAAAGCGUUGGCGACAAAGAAGAGGAAGUGGAUGCUUAUGACGACGAUGAUGAGGAUGAUGAGGAUUUUGAAGUGGACGAUGAAGAAGAUUAUGACGAUGACGAAGAAGGCGAGGAAGUUGACUACGGCGAGUACGACGAAGACGAUGACGAUGAUGAGGAGGAAGAAGAGGAAGAGGGUAACUCGAUCAGUGUGCUUCCACGACCGGUGGGGUUCACAGAACCUGGUGUGGACAGCGGAUCAACGGCCUGUGUGGCUCUGGUGCUCCCCGAAGUGGGGGACCAAAAUGGUGAGGAACAGCAACCGCGGGUCUGUCUCUACGUCGCCAACGCGGGUGACUCGCGGGCUGUUCUCUGUCGGGCGGGCGCUGCCGUAGACCUCUCCGAAGACCACAAACCUGAGGACCCAUCCGAAAAGGCGCGCAUUCAGGCUGCUGGCGGCACUGUCACUGCGGACGGGCGCGUCAAUGAUGGCCUCAACCUCAGCCGCGCUAUUGGCGAUCACAUCUAUAAGUGUCGAACCGACCUGAAGAUGUCGGAGCAGAUGAUCUCAGCCCUGCCGGACGUGUCACGGACGGAGUUGAUACCAGGCGCUGACGAGUUCGUGGUCAUCGCUUGUGACGGCAUUUGGAACGCCAUGAACAGUCAGGCUGUGGUAGAUUUCGUCUACGACCGUCUCCAUCCCGAGUCCGCCUCCGCCCCACCAACUUCCAACGGUGGGGACGGUGAACCUGCCGCCGCGACCACCACCACCAUCGCCACAGAAAAGGCGGAGGACGGAAAGGAGGAGACGACAGCGCCCAUUGAUCGCUCUUCGCCCGCCUUUCUGGCCAAAAUCUGCGAGGAGCUCUUCGACGCCUGCCUCGCCUCCAACACUAUGGGUGAUGGAACGGGCUGUGACAACAUGACCUGCAUCAUCCUUCGCUUCGACAAUCUGCCCGAACUCGCUAAACGCGCCAUCACGCGCACCUGUACAACACCUGACGCUGCUGAGGACGGGAGUGACUUGGAGGAGGUAGAGAACGCCGAAGUCAGGGAAGCAGUAGAGUCCAUAGAGGAAGGUGUGGAAAAAGAGGAAGAGGAGAGUUCGGAAGAACUAAAAAGCAGUUUUAUGCAGUCAUCACCAACCCCGGUGGUAAAUGGCAACGGCGGGUCAGGUGACGGCGCUCACAUGGCCCCCUCGGGAACUCCUCCCUCGCCAGCUCUCUCGCCUGCGCCAAAGAAGGCGCGGAUCGAAGCCUCACCACAGAACGGCGAUGGUGGUGGAGAGACACUUACGUCAGCCGAAUAG